AUGGACGCACAACUGGCGUCGUGGUCAGCGCAGCAACUUGCUGCCACCGCUCUCUCCUUCAUCGGGUUUGUUCUGGUUAGCAUUCCCCUCUACUGGCACUUGGAAGCCUGGAACGUUGGCUGCGUUCUCUACAUCUUCUGGUGCGGCACCCAGUGCCUCAUCCAGUUCAUCAACAUGACCAUCUGGCGGGACAACGUUAUCGUCUGGGUCCCUGUCUGGUGCGACAUCGUCACCCGCUUCCGCCUCGCCUCCAGCAUCGGCAUCUGCACGGCUUCGCUCAUCAUCAACCGUCGUCUGUACAAGAUCGCGACCAUUUCCACGGUGUCGAUGACGAACAGCGACAAGCGGCGGAUGAUUUGGGUGGAUCUCGCCAUCGGUCUAAUUCCCUCUAUCGUGGUCGUUGCACUGUUCUGGUUCAUUCAAGGCCACCGCUUCGAUAUCUACGAGGGUUAUGGGUGCACAUUCGAGAUCGCGAACACCAUCCUCUCCUACUUCCUGCUCACCUCGUGGCCGAUCGUCAUCGGCUGCAUCUCCGCCGUCUACUGCUUUUUCACGCUGCGCGCGUUCUUCAGGCGUCGCAAGCAGUUCAACGAGCUCAUGUCGAGCAACAAGAACCUGACGUUCCACCGGUACCUCCGGCUCAUGGGUCUGGCAGGCAUCGAGAUCGCGUGCACGGUCCCGCUCGCGUCGUGGAACCUGUACAUGCAGUCGCGCAACCCGCUGUACGUAUGGAAGGGCCUCGGCGACCUGCACUACGACUUCUCGCGCGUGGACCAGUUCCCUGCGAUCCUCUGGCUCAACAACGAGUUCACGAAGCCGGCGAUCAUCUUCGACAUCUGGGACAUCAUCAUCUGUGCGUUCAUCUUCUUCGCGUUCUUCGGCUGCGCGGAGGAGGCGCGGAAGCACUACUCGAUAGCUGCGACGACCAUGGCGAAGCGCGUCGGUCUAUCGACGAGCUGGCUGUCGCGCUCCACUGCCAACGGCUCCUAUGGUUACAACACGUCGAAGCCGACGGCGAGCGCACUGGGCCGUAUCACGAUCCCGACGUUCGUGCAGCACAAGCGGCGCAACUCGCUCGAUUCGUUCUCCGACCGCCUGUCGACGUCUAUCUCCAUCGGGGAGGAAACGCCCGUCGACGACCUCAAGGUGCCGUACUCUCCGUCGGAGCACUCCGCGGGCUCGAGCACGUACGUCCCGUCGCCGAUGUCCGCGAAGAGCGCCGAAAAGGCACACACGUUCGUGUUCCCGCCGCCGCCAUCGCCGCCCGCCCGCGUGCACGAUCCUGCGUCGCCGACGCGCGCUGCCCCGCCGGACGUGCCCGCGUCCGUGCACGACAACACCUUCGACAUAGUCUGA